CUAGACUUUGGAGCAAAGCAGCUAUUUAGCUAUGAAUCCGAAGAGUCACCUGUGAAGCUAAGUGACUUGUUCAGAAAUUUCGGACAAGGUCUAAUGUCCCUUCCCUUGAACAUCCCCGGUACUGCACACCAUAGAUGUUUAACUGUAAGUAGAUAAUCUUUUCCUAAUAAUCAGUUUUAAAUGAUCAAAAUAGUUACUUAUUCACGCUGAAAAAGGAAAGACGCUUGUUUAGAAUCACAAAAAGGUGUCAGAGAUGGUGAGGUAUGAGUUGAGAAGGCGGCUCAUGUCAACUGAGAAACAUCAAGGAGACUUGCUUGAUCAUUUCAUUCGAGACAUGAACACCGAGAAUUUCAUCACAGAGGAUUUCGUUGUUCAGCAUAUGUUCGGCUUUUUAUUCAUCAUCUUUGAUUCAAUUUCGACAUCGAUUGCAUUAGCUUUAAAGCUACUUGCAGAACACCCUUUGGUGUUAGAGGAAUUAACUGCUGAGCAUGAGGCAAUCCUUAAGAACAGAGAGAAUUCUGAUUCUCCAAUCACGUGGGAAGAGUAUAAAUCAAUGACAUUUACACUACAGGUAAUCAAUGAAACUCUUAGGUUGGCCAAUAUUUCACCAGGGAUGUUUCGAAAAGCAUUAAAAGAUAUUAAAAUAAAAGGAUACACAAUUCCUGAAGGCUGGGUAAUUUUGCUUGCCACUUCUGUUCUUCACCUGAACUCUGAUAAAUUUGAGAAUCCACUCGAAUUCAACCCAAGGCGUUGGAAGGACCUUGAGUCAUCCGUUUUAGCUAAGAACUUCAUGCCAUUUGGAUCCGGCAUGAAGCAAUGUGCAGGUUCAGAGUAUAGUAGGGUGUUUAUUGCCACCUUUCUCCAUGUCUUGGUCACAAAAUACAGAUGGACAAAAAUCAACGGAUGUGAGGUUAUGCGAUCACCUAUUAUAAGAUUUCCAAACGGACUUCACUUCAAAGUCUCUGAAAAGAAGAAUUGAAGGGUUUGCUAUUGUUCAGUUCUUGGAAUCCUUUGAAUAUUUCCGUAGAAAAGAAGAGUUUGAUAUUUUCAGUUCUGAGGAUUUCUUUGAAUAGGCUUGCUCUGAAAGGAUGAGGAAUGAUGGGAGGAUUUCCAAAUUCCAAACUACUUAAGAGUCUUCUUUUAAAAAUUUAUGCAUCUUGUCAUCUAUUCUUAGAUGGUGUAUAUAUAUAUAUAUAUAAAGUUGACAGUAAAUGUAGUCUGUUGGAUAUUGAAUUGUAUCAGUGCUUACCAUCUGCAUUACUCAUUGGAUUUACCAACUGUAUAACCCUGCUACAUUCUUAUUAACUUAAAUUUUAUUCUUUUAUCUUC